AGUUGGGAGGUAAGGUCGAAGAUAGAUAUUGUAUUGCGUUGCUCCGUUAAAUUUCUAAUUACCGUUACGUUGGCACGAGCUACGGGGGAUGGAGGGCGGGGAUGGUUGGUUGUUUCUUCGACGUCUUGUGCGAACUCGAACACCUGUCGUUGACCAUGCCAUCAAACGUGUCUGCUGACGAAUGAGGUACACGAUAUUCGGUGUCCUUUGAUCGACAGCCCGCUAACAGUUUCUACAUCGUAACGAGCUGACCUUUUCGUCAAAUAUGCCAAGACUCAUUAGUGAAUACGAUUUUUUUUCCAAAUUUACUUCCAAAUAGCCAAACAUAUUUUCUAAUAUAUACUUAUCCACUAAUUUUACGAGUAGAUAAUAUCGUUAAGAUAAAUUCGUUCUUUGUUAGUAGAUAUUAAGAAGUAACGAAUAAAACAACAACAACAAUAAUAAAGAAAGAAGGAAUAAAAUAUAUGGAAAGGUCAAAGAACGCGAACAUUUCCGUUUAACCCUUGAACAGAGUCCAUCGAUCUCUUGGUCAUUAAUCAUUGGACACAAGGAAACAUGGAAGUGUCAGGUGCUCGCUGUCCCAUAACAUUGAAAGCACCCAUUCGUAUAUGUAUUAACGUAGGAUGAACGAUCGUAAGGGAGUCUAUAUUUUUUGCCACUUACAUAGACUGUAUUCAGAUGAAAUCCUAGAGAAUCGUAUGAAGAUAGAAAAAAAAUGAACGAAUACAUUAAGGUCGUGAUACUUUUGAGCACGAAUGAUCAUUAAUUGCAAGAACGAUGGACGAGGCUGGUGAUUGGUCACUCUUAAAGGUUGACCAUUUGAAAAGCUAUUGUCGCUGGUCACCCAUGACUACCCAAUGGGCGGAACAAAUAUGAUCUUGACAAGUACGCAUGCUCUUUAGGGCGGGAAGAAAGGUAACGUCGACGAAUGAAAAGUUUCCUGGAAUAAUCGUGGAACACGUGAUAUUAGAAAACUCUAUCAUAACCGGACCUGUUAACUUCAAACUGUUUUACUACAUUGGAGGAGUAUCUUGAGUGCCUUACCUAAUAACUUGUGAGAUAGUCCUCUUUCAAAUGUCAAUUCGUGUCGAACCUUAACGUUUCAUUGAAAUUUUUGCAAAGAUUGAAAAUGAUAUGUCAAUCGAAGAAGGAAAGAUGAAAAAAUCUAAUAGUUAUUUGUAAGAUAAUUGACAAACGAUAAUUGACAAGGUAUCAUUUUUGAAGACGAUUCUUUUGUUGUGAAUAUAAAAACGUUCGAUUCGUUGAUAUAAUGACGUUUUGAAAAAAGAAAAAGAAGAAAGGACGACAUAUAUAAUAUAAUUUAUCCGCGCAACGUAUGAUAUUAUUGAGUUUACGUCGCUCUCUGGAAGGAUAAGAAAAUGUGAAAAGAAGAAAUAUUCAAAGAAAAGAAAGAAUAAAUUACUCAACGUACCGAGCACGUUUUUUAAGUCAUCACCAUGGAUAUAAACCAAGAAAAAGAGGAAGAAUCUUCAAAGACCGAUCAAAAUAAUAAUAUCGUACUGAUCAUGCACUAACACAUUCGAACGUGUUCUCUAAAAAAAAAAAUGGCCUCUCAUAUACAUACGCAAACAAUUUGCUCUGAAAAUACAAUGACCGGAGCAGUUUCUACAUUACAACUAUUGAGAAGUUAUAGAUUUCUUGCUCCAAAUUCAGAUAUAUAUAGAUAUGAGCCGUAUACUCCUACUCAACGUUGUAAAUUUAACGAAACAAAUAUAUUGUCCAAUUCUACGUCGAUAGAACCGUCGUUGACGCCGUCGUUAACGACAACUGCUUCUCUUUCCGGAACAUUGCCAAUUUCUAGUAGUUUUCUAGUACAAUCUCCUUUUUUCACAACUAUGACACCUUUGAUACCAUCGUUAAAUAUACCUCGACGAUAUUCAGAUAUAAUGGAUUCCGAUACGAUUAUGAAUCGACAGUUUAUCAACGAUAAUAAUACACAAAGUAUCAGUAGACGACCGAGAAGCGAAAAAAAGCCUAUUCCGGAUGAUCAAAAAGAUGAAAAGUAUUACGAAAGGCGUAAACGUAAUAAUCAGGCCGCAAAGAAAUCGCGAGACGCACGAAAAAUUCGUGAAGAUCACGUGGUGACCCUUCGAGAGGAAGCUCAAUCGCUUCGACAUAUGUUGCUAAAGCAGCAACAAACAACUAGGACACAGUCCAUCGAACGUUCUGUAUCUUCGUUGACGUCAGUAACACGAUCAUCGAUGCGAUCUCUCUCUACAUUGGAUUGUGAACUAUAAAAAGGAAGAAGCUCUUUAAGUGAUUAAAGAAGGACAAACUACUUCCAGAUAAUUUAGUUCCACACCGACGUUUCUUUGUAUAUUAAUUAAGAAAACAGAAUUGAGUGACCUAUUACACAUACUAUGCUAAUAUGCGUAACAUACGUAAACAAAUGUUCGUUCAUUUUCUAAGAUCUAAAAUAGAAAAAGAAAAAAAAAUUAAAAAACAAAAAAGAUAAAACGUUUCAACUUGCGAUUAUAACAAUGUAUCCAAAUAUAUAAACAAGACAAAAUUUCUUUAUCUUGUCACAUUAUCAAUGUAACUUUGUGAUUGUUACAAAAGCGGUUGCACAUUUUUUGCUCUCGUGUUAAAUGUUUUACUCGUAAUAGUAAAGAAUAACCUAUUAUUUUCUAUUUUCAUCAGUUUCAUUACUUACACACACACACACACACACACACACACAUU